GACGGUGUUAACGUACAAAUAUCCCUUUCACAAGUAAUCUGAAUUUUUGUUUAUUUGUAUUACUAUACAGCAUUAAAUAACAGCAGAUGUCUUUUUUAAUACAAAACAAAAGUUAAAAUACUACAGAAGUUAUGACACUAUGGUUUGAAAUUAUCAUCCUGGUAUUUGCAUUAUCUGGGACAGAAUCUCUAGACAAUGGUCUGGCUCUUACACCACCGAUGGGCUGGAUGCAGUGGGAGAGGUUCCGAUGUAAUAUAAAUUGUACGGAUGAUCCGGACAACUGUAUAAGUGAGCGACUUUUUAAGACGAUGGCGGAUAUUAUGGUUUCCGAUGGUUACCGUGACGCUGGAUAUAAGUAUGUUGCUAUUGAUGACUGCUGGAUGACAUCAGAACGAGGUCCAGAUGGAAAGUUGCAACCAGACCCGGUUCGUUUUCCUAAUGGCAUGAAACAUCUGGCUGACUAUAUCCAUAGCAAGGGAUUAAAGCUUGGUAUAUAUGGAGAUAUGGGAACAAUGACAUGUAAGAAAUAUCCUGGUAGCAAGUUUUACCUAGAGCUUGAUGCCCAGACAUUUGCAUCAUGGGAAGUGGAUAUGUUGAAACUGGAUUGUUGCUAUGCCGGUAGUCUUGUUGACGUCCAGACAGGAUUUCCAGCUAUGAGUCAGUAUUUGAAUAAUACAGGAAGACCGAUACUUUACGCAUGUUGUUGGGCCGCUUGUGAAGGUUUAUACUACAAGCAUAAGCCAGACUACAAGGCUAUUGCCAAACAUUGUAACAUGUGGAGAAAUUACAAUGACCUACAGGAUGCUUGGAAAUAUGUAUAUGCAGCCAUUGAUUUCUAUGGAAACAACACGGCUCAUUUUCAGGAGGUAGUUGGUCCUGGUGCUUGGAAUGACCCAGAUGAGUUGAUUGUUGGUGAUUUUGGUUUAAGUUACGACCAGGAGCGUGUACAGCUUGGGAUGUGGUGUAUGAUGGCCUCGCCGUUGUUUAUGUCCGUAGAUUUACGUAACAUUCGCCAGACUUCUAAAGAUCUGCUUUUAAACAAGAAUCUCUUGAGAAUACACAGUGACGAACUGCUUGUACAAGCUUAUAGAAUAUCAAAGGACAAUCUGUUUGAAGUAUGGCUCCGACCAUUACGAAGUCAGUAUUUCAGUGAUGGAAGUUUCGCUGUAGCUGUUCUCAGGCAUGAUGAUUAUGGUAUGCCUUUUCCAUUCAUUACCACCCUGCAAGGUCUGGGUAUGAAGAAUAAAGCAGGAUAUAAAGUGACGGAAGCUUUCGAUGGCAAAAAUAUGGGAAAAUUCCUUCCACAAGACCAAUUAAGAUUUCCGGUUAAUCCAACUGGAAUCUUUCUUGUAACAUUGACUCCUAUAAGUUGAUUGAAAUUUUUAUUUAGAAUAGGAAUGAUUUUUUUUUUUGAAGGUCAGCUUUGGUCAGUUUGACUGAUUGACUGAUCAAUUAAAGCUAUAAAUACACUAAUCAGAAAUCCAAAUAUCCAUAAAUAGAAAGGAAACACAUCUUUAGUACUGUACAUCAAUAGGAAGGAAAGUUUAAAACAUCUGUUACAAUGCACAUUCUUUACAGUAAAGAAAUUUACAUUUUGUUAUUUCAUGAUUGUAUCAGUUUGGCUAUAUGUCUGCUUGAAAUCCCAUAGAUUAAAAGUUAAAAGUUAAGUAGUCGCAAAUUAAAGCAUAAGAAAUAGAAGAUAUUGAAUGAGAGUAAGUUCAUAACUGAAUUUAUUAAACCAGUUGAAAUUAAACCAGUUGGAUAAAAUACAUCAAACUCCUCACAGCGGUUACGUCAUGCUUUGCUACUUUAACCACUGCCACCACUGAAAUCACGUGAUGAUAGUUGUAUCAUGUGACAAAAACAUGGCGGCCAGUUUCAGAACGCCAAGGAUCCCAUAUCAAACUGGCAGAUUUAUAAUUACAUCCCUCCAGACAAAAUAAGUUCAAGACACACAAUUUGUUAUCACUUUAAAACAAGUGCCGGAUCAAAUCUUUUUGUGCAAUCGUUCAAUAACUGUUUAUAUUCUGCCAUUGUUUACUAUGCAUACGGUGUCACAGUGAAAAUAUCUUUUGUUAUGUUUACAAAAAAAUUUUCAUACGUAUAAUUUUUUACUUUCUUGUAAAUUAAGCAUAACUAUUUAACGAAAGAAAACUAAAAUGAUAUAAAGUAUUCUAUUCUAAAAUUAAAAGUGAAAAAAAUAUAUCCGCCUAUAUUCGACCGAAUUUACUUGUGGUGGCAGUGGUUACUGUACAGAUCAGGGGAAGUAACCGCUGCGAGGAGUUUGAAAAUACAUGUACUCAAUUAAUAAAUUCAGCAAUAAAUCUAAACAAAUAUAAUGUUAUAUUUAUCACAUAUCCCAAUAAAGACUGUUUAGAGUGCAAAGGAUCAUUUUUAAUUGAUGCACCUUUAGUGUAAUGCUAACAUUUAGCACAUCUUUACAGAAUGUUUGUAUAACCCAAAUGGCGUCAUAUUAAAAUAUAUCACGGCCGUUCAAUACCAUUUUUACGGAGUUGAAAAAUUGGCAGUGGUAUGUGUAAGUCCUUUAAGCAACAGCGAAGAGUUUAUUGGCAUUUGAACAGGAUUAAAAAAGCACUGAUAAAUGGGAUAUUAACUUACUGGAAAUUUCUUAUUUCCUGUACUGAAUUUAUAUUAUAAACUUGCCAUCCAAUUUGGACUGAUCUAUUUUUAAUCUAUAGGAUUUGAAAGUGUAUUUGUAAAAAAAAUACUCAGCAACAUAGAGUAUAUUGUUUUACUAGAACUUAAAGUCCUUAGCUAAUGCAAAUCUUGUCUAAAUCAUUUCUGCAAUAUUAUUGCAUAGUCAAUACAUGUGUUUUAUUUUGUGCUUUUAUAUAGAUUUUGUGCAUUGUUCACAUUUCCACAGUGCUAGUUGUUUGUACAUUUUGUAUUUUGAUAAGGUAAAGAAGUUAUAUUCAUCUUUUGAGUUUUACAUAUAGUGCAAUAUAUUAUUUUAUUUUAUGGUGUUAUAAAGAAAUGGAA